AUGAAUGCAUGGAACUGGACUAUCGAAGAACGUGUGGCGGCUGUACAACGCCUGAAGUCCGCCUUCUCACAUAGAGUCCACGGGGCGCUUCAUGACCGCAAGACAUGGUUUUUCGCCGUCUCUCUCGCACUCGACAAUGUUCCAUUGAACAGCCUCACGACCCAAAAGCAGAAUGAUGGCGGCGUCUCUGAGUUUCAUACAUCUGCAAAAGACGCACCUCGGCUGUGUCGACGGCAUCAUUGCAAUCGCCACUAUCUGGAGGGCGUGCGCUCGCGUGCGACUGGAAGACGCAUGCGCGUGCGUCUCCGUGGGAGAUUUAAUUCCGAAUCUCGUUGGCGUGCUCCUCGUCGACGUGUUGCCGCGGAACAACCGAAUUGGACCGCUGUGCGCGCAGUAGCUGACCGGCGUUGGCUCGACGGCGUUCGUGCUCUCGCUAUCUUGGCUGUCGAACGUCACGCCAAGACACGCGAAGCGAACUACUGUGAAUGCCGUCAUGCUCAUCGCCUACUGCUUGGCAAUACCCUAGGACUGUCCACGUUGUAA